CACUGGUUCAUACUCGGAAGGUUCCGGUUUCCUGCUUGUACUGAAGUGUGUCUGUGUGGAAGUGACAGGGCUGAGGUGCUUGAAGCAUGGCGGCGGCUAACUGCUCUUUGAGGGUGAACAGGCAGCUGCUGGACCCCAAGUUUGAGAGCUACAAGUUGUCUCUGGACCCCCUGCCUUGUUAUGGGGUGGACUUGGAAGCUGCUGUUGCAGAAGUGAAGCUCCGAGAUGAUCAGUACACGUUGGACCACAUGCAGGCAUACGGCAUGUAUAACUACCUUCACAGCAAUCCAUGGUGCUCUGAUAGUGUGUUUUAUGUGGACCAACUUGGUAGAAUCAUGAACCUGGCGGUGACUCUGGACUCGGCUUUGGGAAAACCUAUAGAAGUUUUCAGAUUCCCAAGUGACCUGAGUGCAUAUGACAGGCGUCUGUGCUCCUCCAUACAUUUUACAUCGACCAACUGGGUGACCCUCUCUGACGGGACAGGUACCCUCUACCUAGUUCACAUUGCAAAGGCUGACCAUCCUGCCGGAAAAUGGGACCUCAGGUUUAAUCAAGAACUUGGAGAUCCAUUCAUUGUACUUCACAGCAUCCUCUUUGCCCAGGAAGGAGUACAGAUAAUUGAUGUUCUUCUGCUGAAUGUGGAAAAAGAUGAUCUGGAUGUUAAAGGGAGUGGAUUCCAUGUCUCUCUAGAGUGGAUAUCAAUAGCACUGCCAAAUCAAGAUGAAUGUAAAUGUGAAAUUUUAAAGCGCAGAAAGCUUCACGGCAAAUCUGUCCCGCAUUACGCAGCUAUUGAACCGGACGGGAACGGCUUGAUGAUUAUCUCUUACAAGCCCUUCAAAUUCUUUGGAAAUGAACAAAAUCAAGCUGAAGAGGAGAGCAUGGAGCAGGAAGAAAAGAAAGAUCACCUAUAUGUUUGGCAGCAAACGGAAGAUAAUGUGACCCUUACUAUCGCUCUACCCGAUGGCACAACCAAUGAUGACAUCAAGAUCCACUUUGCUCCCUCUCACAUAACUGUCUCAUUAAAGGAGCAGAAGCCGUUCCUGAAAGGACCACUGUACUCCGUUAUUGAUCAUGAAAGCAGCACUUGGGUUCUAAAAGAUGAAAGACGUGUGGAGGUCACUCUGACAAAGAAAGACAUUGGCAGUAUGUGGACGGAAGUAAUUAUUGGUGAUAAACAAGGAGAGUUCAUUGCAGAUCCGGCACAGUGUGCCGCUAUAGCAGAGCAGCUAAUGCACCUCACCUCGGAAGACUUGAACCCGGAUCCAGAUGGAGACAAGCCCCCCUGUAAUCCUCAGGAGCUGGAAGAGUGUGAUGUCUCACUUGAAGAUUGCGCAACACUGUGUAGAUUUGAUGGCAGCAGUUUAAAGGCCACCCAUGUAGUGAACCUGGGCAGCAAUCAGUUUCUGUUUUCAUUAGUAGUGACCCCGGAGCUGAUGCCGUGUUUUUCCUUAAGACAUGAUGUGGAUGCACUGCUGUGGCAACCCCGUUCAGCGCCAGAUGAUAACCUGUGGGAGCAUGCCGCUACAUUCAACGCUCUUGGUUAUGUUCAGGCAUCAAAGCGAGACAAGAAGUUUUUCACUUGUGCUCCCAAUAGCUCAUAUGCUGCCUUGUGCGAGUGCGUGCGCAGGAUCUUUAUCUACCGCCAGCCUACUCCAGUGGCCACCGACUUGUACAACAGAAAAGAAGGGCGCCGCGUAGGACAGGUUGCUAAGCAGCAGGUAGCGAGUCUGGAGACCAAUCAUACUAUCUUAGGCUUUCAAGCUUCCAACGAUCGCCUGUUUGUUCUAACCACAAAGAAAUUGUUUGUAAUACGAGUAAACAAUGAAAGUUAAUUGGUCCUCUCUGCUUACCUUUCAUCUCCAUUCACUGCCAACCAAAAUACUCCUACAGAGGCUUUUCAAGUCUGUCGUCUAUGCUGGAGCAUGAUUCAAUUUUUUUUAAUGAUUUGUACUUAUGGGUCAAUAAAAUAUUUAAAUCCA